UUUUGUAACUGUCUGUCAGUGCCAGUUCACUAAACGUCAUUUUAGACGAUUUUCCUUUUCGCUGCAAUAUCGAUCAAACUCCUAUUCAACUCUAAAUGGCUGAAUAUCCCACAAGACAGUGCGGUCCUUGUCCUCAUCUGGCCAAGUUCGGAAAAGUUGAAAAUAGGGAUUAUUUAUCUCAAAACACCACCCCUGAGCCCCAAAUAACCCUCCAAACCCCUCAAAAAGCGAACGAGUACAAUCUGGGGGUACCCACGACUAAUCUUCAGCCAAAUCUUGCAGUUUCUCCAAUAUCAAGGGUGAGAUUCGAUGAAAAUAAUAAUGGACAAAAAGAUGGUGGAAGGUUCAAAGGAGGAAUCCCUCCUUGUGCGGAACAAAAAUAUGCUGAGAAAGAUUGUUGCCUAACUAAGAAGAGUGAACCAGUUGUUGAAAGUAGUUUUUGUUGUGGAAGAGACCAGCCCCCAGCCUCCGCCAAGGGCAUCCUGAAACACCCCGAGGGUCGCUCACCCCCCACCAUGCACGCCACUGCCGGCCGUCAUCCCCCUGCCUCCAGAGACCCCUCCUCCGAACCCCCCGUACCCAACCCGUUGCGCCCUGUGGCCGAAGACAGAAGCAACCCGCCCUGCUAUCUACCCCAACCCCAAGACGCGCUACCUGUGCAGCUGGAAGAGAGCAUGGGCCCCAUGGGGCCUUGGGCCACCGGCAGGGUGGAUUGGGGGCCACUUUCUGGACUCACAGGCACCAGACCUGUCGUGGACAAGUACUCCAUAACACGGUACAGCGAAGGCGAUUGGCGCGCCCACAACAAAGACAUGCUGGCCAUGUCAGCUACGGAACAGCACAGAGCCAACCUGAUCGACUGGAACGGCAGGCAGUGUCUGGAGCAGACGCAAGCAGAUACAGACAAGAACCAGGAGGACAACACCAAGCGGUUGAACCAGCGCGAGCUGGAGAUUCUGCGGUGGAAGUGUGAGCUUGAGCGAGCGAUAGCAGCUGCCAGCGAAGAGAUCGGCUUCAUGGAGGAGCAGAGGAGGAGGUUGAAGCAGGCCAGUUCAGUCUUGACCGUGCCCGAGUCAAUAGCAGGUGAAUGUUUGGAUCGUAGGACAGGACGAAUGGACUCCGAAUUGGUCAGAGACGAUGUGGAAGAGGAACUGAUCAGAGAGGUGGCGCUGUGCUCAGAAAUACGAGAUAUUUUCUCGCGCACCCUCAAAGACGUAGAAAUGCAGCUGCUGGAAGAUAAAACCGCCAAACAGAGAUUGGAGUAUGACUGGAGCGAUAAGAAAGUCUCACAUGAAAUAGACUCCAUCAACAUGGCGUUGAACAACAAAUCGACCGUCCUACGCUUCAAGCCAGGUGCCGUGUGCUUCCCCGAAGAACAGUCGACUCCGGAAUUCUGGGAGCAUUUCACCAGAGAGACCCUGCUGGAAGGAGAAGCGACGAGACAGCGAUCGGUCACUCUGAGAGGCACCUUGGACGCCAUCUUGAACAACGCGGCUCGCGACCUGAGGACGCAGGCCGAUAAGGUCGAAAUGGCGCUAGCCAGAAGGAUAGCUUGCACUCAGGAAGUGACUGAUAGGUUGGAGAACGAGCUCAGGCAGGUGCUAAGGAGGUUGGCUGAUGUAGAAGACUUGAAAGACGACCUUCGCAACGCCCUUCGCCGCAUGGACAUCCCGAUGAAGAAAGCGCAGACGCGUCUGGAUAACCGUAUGCGCAGACCCAGAGUGGAGAACUGCAGAGACGUGCCACAUUUCGGCUUGGUGGAGGAGGUGAAGUCGAUCGGAGAAGCUGUGGCAGCGCUGCAAGCGCAGAUGAACCAAGCAGAAGACUCGCAAGCGAAGCUGAUGCAAGCUAGAAGUGACUUGGAGCGAGAGAUCAUGCUUAAGAGGAAGACUUUGGAAAUUGAUAACGAUCGGACCAAGAGGAUACGGUCGCAUUAUCCUUCAGCUACUGCACUGUCUGGAUAUUGAUUGAAAAUUCUUGAAUAAAAAUACUAUGUC